UCUAGUGUUCUAACUGCAAAUCUCAUUUCUUCCUCAUCAUUCUUUCUUGAAUUUUUCUCCCUCAAACUUGAGAUUCAGAUAGCAUGAUCAGUCCCAAGAAGCUCAUCAGAAUGGCCAGGAAGUGGCAGAAGAUGGCUGCCCUUGGAAGGAAAAGGAUCUCAUUACAAAGAAUCAACAAGGGUGUGAAUGAAGAUUGCUGCAGCACAUCAUCAGUGGCUGAUAAAGGCCAUUUUGUUGUUUACAGCUCUGAUAGAAGACGCUUUGUGAUUCCCUUGGCGUAUCUUAACAGUGAAAUCUUCAGAGAGCUUUUCCAAAUGUCUGAAGAGGAGUUUGGGAUACAAAGUGCAGGCCCCAUCAUACUGCCGUGUGAUUCAGUUUUUUUGGACUACGUGAUCUCAUUCAUCCAACGCGGUGUUGCUAAAGAGUUGGAGAGGGCUUUGAUCAUGUCCAUAGCUCCCAGUAACUGCUCAUCUUCUUCAUACUUUCACCAAGAACAGACCAAUGAGCAAUUACUAUUAUGUGCUUACUGAAGAAAUCAUUCUCAAAUUUUGUAAAUGAUCCACAAAAUUUUAGUUUGAUAAUAUGUAUAAUGAGAAUUCUAAAAGAUUUUCUUCAUGCCUUCAUCAUAAUUAUUGCUUAUUGCCAUCAAAUGGUAAGCAUUGUUGCUGCAGCUAUCUG